CGGGCCCCGCGGGAGGAGAUCUUGGAGUGCCAGGUGAUGUGGGAGCCCGACAGCAAGAAGAACACGCAGAUGGACCGCUUCCGGGCCGCCGUGGGCGCCGCCUGCGGCCUGGCGCUGGAAAACUAUGAUGACUUGUAUCAUUGGUCAGUGGAGUCCUACUCAGACUUCUGGGCGGAGUUCUGGAAAUUCAGUGGGAUUGUCUUCUCACGCAUGUAUGACGAGGUGGUGGACCCAUCGAAAGGGAUAGCGGACGUCCCCGAGUGGUUCAAAGGCAGCCGUCUCAACUACGCGGAAAAUCUCCUUCGGCACAAGGACAAUGACAAAGUGGCCCUUUAUGUUGCAAGGGAGGGCAAGGAGGAGAUCGUGAAGGUGACCUUCCAGGAGCUGAGGCAGCAAGUGGCUUUGUUCGCCUCGGCAAUGAGGAAAAUGGGCGUGAAGAAGGGAGACCGAGUGGUCGGUUAUUUGCCCAACAGUGCGCACGCCGUGGAGGCCAUGCUGGCCGCAGCGAGCAUUGGCGCCAUCUGGAGCUCCACGUCCCCAGACUUCGGAGUGAACGGUGUCCUGGACCGGUUUUCCCAGAUUCAGCCGAAGCUCAUCUUCUCCGUGGAGGCUGUGCAGUACAACGGCAAGGAGCACGGCCACUUGGACAAGCUGCUGCGGGUGGUGAAAGGACUGCCGGACUUGAAGAGGGUGGUGGUGAUUCCUUACGUCUCCUCCAGAGAGAGGAUAGACAUUUCCAAGGUUCCCAAUAGUGUGUUUCUGGAUGACUUCCUCGCCACUGGAAUAGGGGAGCAGCCCCCACAGCUGGAGUUUGAGCAGCUGCCCUUCAGCCACCCCCUCUUCAUCAUGUUCUCCUCGGGCACGACCGGGGCACCCAAGUGCAUGGUGCAUUCUGCCGGGGGCACCCUGAUCCAGCACCUGAAGGAGCACAUGCUGCAUGGAGACAUGGGCAGCGCCGACAUCCUCCUAUACUACACCACGGUCGGCUGGAUGAUGUGGAACUGGAUGGUGUCCGCGCUCGCCACGGGCGCGGCCUUGGUCUUAUACGAUGGCUCCCCGCUGGUGCCGACCCCCAACGUGCUGUGGGACCUGGUGGACAGGAUAGGCAUCACCGUCCUGGGGACCGGCGCCAAGUGGCUGUCUGUGCUCGAGGAGAAGGACAUGAAGCCAGCGGAAACCCAUAAUCUCCAGACGCUGCACACGAUCCUGUCCACCGGCUCCCCACUGAAGGCCCAGAGCUACGAGUACGUCUACAAGUACAUCAAGAGCAGUGUGCUCCUGGGCUCCAUCUCAGGUGGCACCGACAUCAUCUCCUGCUUCAUGGGCCAGAACACCUCCAUCCCCGUGUACAAGGGCGAGAUCCAGGCUCGGAACCUGGGCAUGGCCGUGGAGGCCUGGAACGAGGAAGGACAGGCAGUCUGGGGCGAGAGCGGUGAGCUGGUGUGCACCAGGCCGCUUCCCUGCCAGCCCACACACUUCUGGAAUGACGAGAAUGGCAGCAAGUACCGGAAGGCGUAUUUCUCUAGGUUCCCAGGUGUCUGGGCGCACGGCGACUACUGCAGGAUCAACCCCAAGACAGGCGGCAUCAUCAUGCUGGGCCGGAGUGAUGGCACGCUGAACCCCAAUGGAGUGCGCUUCGGCAGCUCAGAGAUCUACAAUAUCGUGGAGGCCUUCGAGGAGGUGAUGGACAGCCUCUGCGUGCCCCAGUACAGCCAGGAUGGUGAGGAGAGGGUGGUCCUCUUCCUGAAGAUGGCCUCGGGCCACGCCUUCCGGCCGGAGCUGGUGAAGAGCAUCAGGGAUGCCAUCCGCCUGGGGCUGUCCGCGCGGCACGUGCCCAGCCUCAUCCUGGAGACCAAGGGCAUCCCGUACACCCUCAACGGCAAGAAGGUGGAGGUGGCCGUGAAGCAGAUCAUCGCCGGGAAGGCCGUGGAGCACCGCGGGGCCUUCUCAAAUCCAGAGGCCCUGGAUCUGUACAGGAACCUCCCAGAGCUGCAGGGCUUCUGACCCCGCGGGUGUCUGGCCCGGGUCUCCACCGUCUCUUUUAUCUGUUCAGGAACUUACUCCUCGGGAUCCUGACCACCGGCAUGCUUUGGGGUCUGUGAGGGGGUGCUGUGACGGUGGCGUCUGCACCCCGGGGAGAGCCCUCGCUCCUACCAAUCCAGCAGGUUCUUCGAAAGCUCGGCCUGCAGAGGACUCAGCUCGCCCUGCCCCUGACCUGCUCUGAUGCGGUGCAGGUCUCCGUCUUCCUUCACACAGGGCUCUGGGCUCUGGCCCUCGUCCCCUGUGCUGGUUUGUGCUUUGGCACAUCUGGUGUGGCCUGGCCACUCCUGCCUUGUCUGUGUGUCACGGACAGAUUGUACAGCUCGUGGGAGAAGUGGGUGUCACUGCCCUAGCAGUGGCCUCCGCAGUACACAGGGAGCCUUCCCCACACGGAGCACCUUCAAGCUUUAAUGGGAUCUUUAUAUUUCAUGGACUUUGAAUGGGUCAGGGAAUUUGAAUGUCGAGUGUCUGGCGGGCAGGUGUCUGAAGAGCCGUCGUCCUGUCUACCCCGUCGGGCGCUGUUGCUUUCAGGAAUGUGGGUGAGCCCUCAGCCGUGUGCCCAGGUGGCAGAUGGUUGAGUAUCUUCUGGUGACGGCUGUCUGGCCUUGGGAUGUGGCCUUGCCGGGCUCCCUGUGCCCCCAGCUGCGGGGUCCCUCACCUUCUCCUGAUGCGAAUCUGCUCAGCAGGGCUGAGGUGGGAGGGGCUGCACGCACUUCUCAGUUCUGUUAAGAAAGACCUUCAAUCCUUAUGUUCGUUUUUGUAUAUUUCUAACCUGAGCACAAACUAAAAGCCUUUUUGAAUUGUUUCUUCUGGAUUAUAAAAAGAUGGGGUCAAGUGCUGCAAGGAUCUUGAUGCAAUAAACCAACACUGUAUGUGUGUGUG